AUGUUACCUACAGUGGAUAAAGAUAUUUCCAAAGAAUCGGUAUCUAUUAUUGAAAGAGUCUCUUCUGAGGACUUUUACCCGUCUGACCAAGCUAACAAACUAGAAAAACAAAGUUCAAUACAAAGUAUACACAUAUUCAGAGAGUCAGAUGCUGGUGAUGGUACCUCUAAAGAAGAUCACUAUUUACAGGGAUCUCAAUUGAUUCUUUGUUUCUUUGCUUUGUCGAGUGCAUUGUUUCUCUUCUCUUUAGACCAAACCAUCAUUGCAACAAUUUUAACUACAGUGGGAUCCAAAUUCAAUUCAUUUGAAGAAAUAGGUUGGCUUUCUAGUGCAUUCAUGUUGGGUAUGGCAGUUUUUAUUCAACCAUUUGGAAAGUUAUCCAUUAUUCUUGGCCGUAAAUGGACAAUGGUGGUCGCUAUUUUAAUUUUCCAAGGUGGCUCAUUAAUGUGUGCUUUAGCUAAUAGUAUGAAUGUUUUAAUUGGUGGAAGAGUAAUGGCUGGUAUUGGUGGUGCUGGUGUUAAUAGUGGUGUCUUUGUUAUCGUAUCUGAAGUUGUUCCAAUUAAUAAGCGUCCAAUGGCAUUAAGUCUUUUGGGAAUUAUUUUUGCAAUUGCUUCAGUAUUAGGUCCUCUUAUUGGUGGUGCUUUCACUUCAAAUGUAACUUGGAGAUGGGCAUUUUAUUUGAAUCUCCCAAUUGGUGGAGUAUCUUUAGCUGUCUUUAUUUUCACGUUUCACCCACCAAAACCAAAGGUUAAUAUAAAACAAGAAUUGUUGAGAUUUGAUUAUCUUGGUACAUUUUUGUUAAUUUCUGGAUGGGUCGUCUUUUUAUUGGCACUUACAUUUGGAACAUCUGAGUUUGCAUGGAAUUCAUCAGCGGUCAUAUCAUGUUUCGUUAUUGGUCCUGUUCUAUUGAUUGCAUUUGGUAUUUGGAACUUUGGCUUUUCAAAAAAUCAGAUACUCGCAACUGAAGUUAUAGUUAUUCCACAGGUACUUGCUUCGGUAGUAUCACUUUCUGGUAUUUUUGCUGCCUAUAUUAUGAUUAUGAUUUAUGGUUCAAUAUACUUCCAGUUAAUCAAAGAUUCAUCUCCUUUAGGUGCUGGUCUUCAUUUACUCCCAUUGGUAAUCUCCGUUUCUGUCUCUAUUCUAUUCACAGGUCUGAUGACACAAAGGUUAAAAUACUUAAAACCGUAUAUUAUUGUUGCUGGUGUAUGUGGUGUUGUUGGGUGUGCAUUAUUAACUUUACUUGAGGUGGAUUCAAAUUUCGGUCAAGAAAUUGGGUUGUUUAUUCUUGUUGGAGUACUGAUGGGUUUGACAAUGCCUCCAUCGUUGUUAACUGCUCAAGUUAAAGCACCAAAAACACCGUCUGGUAUGAUCAAUACCACAGUUUUUAUGAAUUUUCUGAGAUCCAUUCUGUCGGCAUUUGGUGCCAUAUUGGGUGAUGCUGUUUAUUCGGUAUCAUUAAAGAAAAGAUAUAAAUAUGCCAUAAAGGGACUCAAUAAUCCACAAAUCAUUCAAGAGUUGGAAAAAUUUGAUAUUAAACAUUUAAUUAGUUCUACUGCUGAAAUAAAAUCUCUAAGUCCUGACACCCAGCAUUUUGUUAAAACACAAAUCAUGUAUGCUAUAAGAAAUGUGUUUUAUACUACAAUUGGUUUUGCAGCUAUUUCUUGCAUUGCUGGUGUUUUUGUUACCAAUAAAAAAUUACCAGAAGAAGUUGAAAUUAAACCUAAAAAUCUUGAACCCGAAAACAAAAAAGUUCAAGAUUUAAGUAAAAAUGAAAUCAUGGUAGUCUCAGAAGAACUCGACACAGCCAACCUGGAUCAACUGGAACCUAUACAAUCACCACAAAAAGUUAAAAAGAAAGUUCAUAGGGAUAUUGUUGAAGAGAGAAUGCUAUACUUGCUUACUAUUGGGAAAAGAUAG